UCGAACGGCUCACACGCGACGGUUGGUGACACUGCCAAGUUCCAACGAACCACCACAGGGACUCCGCAUCCUCGCGGCUCGCUGAAAUAUCCUUGCCUGUGGCGCGACAAGAUCCAAGAACUCGCACGCGCAAGCGCACGCGCGGACGGACAGGGCCGCAGAGCGAGGCGCCAUGAACGUCGAGGAGGAGGUGGGGAGGCUCAAGGAGGAGAUCCAGAGGCUCGGCCAGCAGCAGCCCGACGGCUCCUACAAGGUCAAGUUCGGUGUCCUCUUCAAUGAUGACCGGUGUGCAAACCUUUUUGAAGCGCUAGUUGGCACCUUGCGGGCCGCCAAGAAGAGGAAAAUUUUGACCUAUGAUGGUGAGCUCCUUCUGCAGGGUGUUCAUGACAAUGUGGAGAUAACCCUGUUGCCUCCUCCAGCGGUUGCUGCUGCUUGAAGUGCUCACCGAGUCCCUAAUGCCGUACCGGUGAUAUGCAUGUAAUUUGUUGUGCCUAGAUUAUCACGAACCAUUGGUAUUCCCAGAAGACUGCUAUUGUGUGAUGUAUAAAAUUGUGAUUCUUAAGAAAUUGUCUUGCUUGCA